UUAUGAUUCUCAGAUCGCUACAUGUAGGCGCUACUCUAUAGCCAUUCGGGCAUCGGCUUGCGGAGGAGCUUCUGUUUUCACACCCGAGGAGUCGCAACUCAAAGCGCAUAUAUGAUAGAAGGUCUAAGAGCUAUCGGGGUAAGACCUUAGCACCUUGACAAGUCUGACUACAUGGCUCAUGUCUCAAAUCCAUCGUCACCAUGUCUGAUAAGAAGCAUCCCCAACCUCCACACUCUCCCUUAACGGUAGCUUCAUCUGCUCCCAAGUCUCGCGAGGAAUCGAUUGCCUCAGCAUCUAUUGCCUCGGCAUCUAUUGCCCUUCACCAGAUCGACAAAGACCAACUCGCCCAGGCUCUUGACAAGAUACAUACCUCUUCUAAAGCACGAGAUGUCCUAACUACCUUUAACGACUUUGCGUCGCCGCCAGAAUCUAUAGCUACUGUAGAAACCAAGGGAAUUGGGAGCGAUCUCGUACAACAUGGCUUGAGUGGACUCUAUUCGCGGUUCAAAGAGGUUGUUGGAGUGAGUGGGAAGGACAAACCAGUAGCAACUGCAGGCAGCAAAGACAACUCCGAAUCGGUCGAUGGAGAUACUGCAUCGAAAAAGAGUUCUAGCACUACUGCCACAGGAACUAAGCCUUCAACCUCUUUGCCUAGAGCUGAUACGGGCACUACAAGUUUAACUUUCAGCUCAUCUCGAUCCGAUGCUAUGAAUUCAACAACAGCUUCUUCAAGCUCAGCUCAGGCUAGCGAAGGUCAAUCCCAGCAACCCCAAUCGACGAUAGCUUUGUCGGUUACUAAUUUGACCGGGGUUUCGACUUCUAAAUCCGCCUCGUCAAGUCGGCAAAGCAUUCCCAACAUGACAAAGGCAACUGCCGCCGUAGCGCCCGUACAUGUUAAUGCUUUCAAAGAGGCUUCCCGUAAUACGUCAGCCAAGAAUGAAGACGGUACAAGUAAAGGAAGUGGGAGAAGCAGUAUUAGCAAGCCUAACGAGGAACAGCCUAUUCAGGCCUCUGAGCUAUCGCCAGUUUAUGAUACGACGGGAAAUAGGCGUCCUUCUAACCUUGAUAAGAUUGCAAUCCCCACUCAUUCGAAGCGGGAGGAUGGGUUUAUUAUAGAUAGUCAUGCCGAUUCUCCUACUAGUCCCAUAAAGAGAUCUAGCGUUGUGCCACCUAUUUCUACAGCCCCUAACUCGACUUCCUCAGACUCUUACAUACAACCUCAGUCUACGAAGCUCUCUGCUAAGGACGCCGUUAGGAGGCCUGCUCUCAUUGAUCGAAUCAGUUAUUCUCGAAAUUCUGGCGAUCUUUCCAGGUCUUCUUCGUUAUCCAGGGGCACCACAGAACAUAGCCCAAUUAAUACAUCUGCUCAUAAUAAUAUUCAUCAUGGGUCAUUUUCACACAGUCCCGCCGCUCAACGGGUACGAUCUGGCGAAUAUAGAAUUCCAGGCACGACAACUGAUGAGGGUGCCCCCGAAAUUGUCAACGCAAAAUUAGCUUCUAUGCGCAAACAAGUCUUGAGUAAAGACUUCUGGAUGGCCGACGAAACUUGCAAGGAAUGUUUUUUAUGCGGUGCUCCAUUUACUGCUUUCCGUCGAAAGCACCAUUGUCGAACGUGCGGCUGCAUUUUUGACAGCGGAUGCACGUCUAUUAUAUCUGGCCAACGGUUUGGUGUUCAGGGGACACUCCGUGUAUGUAAGCCAUGUCUAAAUAUAAUUCUCCAGAGGCAAGACGGCGCUGCAUCUGACGACUCGGCCGAUGAUGCAUUUCUCCCAGCAAUAUUUCGCGGUACUCAACCUAAGCGAGGAUCUUCGCCUUUCUCAAGAGAUGAUCCUGAUGAUGCUAGUAUCUCUGAGAGAGCCGAUGACCUUGAAGAUGAUAAGAGGUCAUUGACUGCGCCUAUGAUGGCUAUUCCUGCUACCAGGCGCAUUGGCGAUUCCUCGAACCGCAGUUCUUCUGUGCUGGAAAUUGAUCUCCCACAACUUAGUAGACCAAGCUCGUCCAGGUCCUUGAAAUCUAAUACCUCGGGCAGACCGCAUUCUUUUGGUCAUCGACGCCACAAUUCGAAGCAUAAUCUAUGGAAUCGCCUUAAAGCAUCCCCCGAGCAGAGGGUACCAUUCCGAAAUCCUGCAACCGAAGAAGCAAGCAAGAAGACCGGACUGCAUGCAUUCCACGACGACAAUGUUAUUGAUCCAGAUUUAGCCCCAUUCAUGUCGGAUGAAUCUAGUGGCGAUGAACAGAUGAGCAUUGCGGGAGCUAUUGCUACAGCUGAUUUUCACCCGUCACCCGCAACGGAUCCUGAGAGGUCAAGUUUAGCCUACCUGAGCGCCGGAAGGAAACUCAGAAACAGAGCACAAACGGAUAAAAGCAUUAGUGGCUUAAGUUUCACUAGUCGCGGUUUAGACGAUUUUAAUCCACGAUCCUCCAGACGGCGAAAUAUGAGUAUUGCUAGUGGGCAUCACGUUCGCUCUCCUCGACCUAAAUCUUCUGCAAUGAGAGGUCCGACUGGAUCAAAUGAGACACUCCCGUUGUUCGACACCUCUGGGUCCGAACUGCCACGUCUCAUCCGAAGUUCCUCCAUGAAAGGAGAUAAGGAACCUCGAUUAGAACUUCACCCGGCGAGUUUAUCACACCUAAAAAAGCUGCUGCGGCAAUUACUGGAGGAUUCCGGUAUUCCAAAUGCAAAUGCCUGGGAAAAAGCUUUAGUGCCGAUCUUGUUGAAAUGCACUUCAUCCGUGGAUCCCGAUGUUGAUAGAGGAGACGAUAUCGAUAUCCGACACUAUGUCAAACUCAAGAAAAUCCCAGGAGGUAGGCCAAGUGACACCUGCUAUGUCCCUGGCGUGAUAUUUACGAAAAAGUUGGCAUUGAAGAGUAUGCCCCGUCGCAUGUCUUCGCCUCGUGUUGUCAUAGUGUCAUUUCCCAUUGAGUACCAGCGGCAUCAACAACAAUUUAUGAGCCUUCAACCUGUUAUUGAACAAGAAAGAGAAUUCCUCAAGCAAUUAGUAAAUAGGAUCAUAGCUCUUCGGCCUCAGUUAUUAUUAGCGGAGAAGAGUGUCUCGGGUCUGGCCUUGCAAUUUCUUUCAGACGCGAAGAUCUCCGUUGCCUACAACGUGAAGCCUUCCGUGCUCUCUGCUGUUUCAAGGUGUCUAGAGACUGAAAUUAUCUCUUCCGUAGAUAUGUUGGCGCUUCCUCCGCAUCAGUUCCAGACAGGCAAGAGUGCUGGUUACGAGGUGAAAACAUUUGUCAACGAGGACAUUCCAGGUGGAAAAAAGACAUACAUCUUCUUGUCUAGCUAUCAAGAAGACCUUGGUUGUACCAUUGCACUUCGAGGUGCAUCUACACCGAUCUUAGCGAAGCUCAAACAUAUAACCGAGUUUAUGGUGUAUGUGGUGUAUAAUCUCAAACUCGAAUCAUGCUUGAUGCGAGAUUCGUUCGUCAAGCUUCCCGCUGAUGAGGAAAUAUCGAGAGAUCUCUCCCAAACUACUGAUUGCAGUCAACCUUCACUAGAUGCAAAGGCUUUUGCAGAAGGCGACGCGCAGAAAACACCGCCUAAUACGAUUGAAGACGAGACGCCCGCAAGCCAAGAGGACCAUUCCUCUGAAAAAGCGACUGAAGAGCCAAUGAAUAGCGAUAUACCGCCUAGUCAACUUACCUCGAACCAAUCAACCGAACAAUCAAUUUCUCUACAUAAAACACACUCUGGAAUAGUCGAUGACGGUUCUGUUCCGGAUGAUAUUCCUAUGCCAACCUUCUAUAGUGAUAUGGUGGCCAAGUAUGAGACUAAAAUUCUCUCCGCCUCACCCUUUGUUAAAUUCCCGCAGCCAUAUCUGCUUAUGAAAGCUCGGGAACAGGAACGGAAAGUAAUUUACCUGAAACGGCUGCGUGAUCAAGAUGUGAUUGAAGAGCGCGCGGAUAGCGAGAAGUCGCAUGCUCCGAAGUUCCAGCUUAUCACGCCGGAAAUGGUUCUCAAAACUGACCAUAAAGCUCCCAAACAGGUUAUGGAAAUACUUCAUGCUGUACACGAUGCUGAAUACGACAAAGCUCUGUACAAUUACCAGACACAGGCUAGACAGUGGGAAAAUUACAUUCAGGGUAACAUCGGGCUCUUCGAACCCUACGCUCACCAAAACAUAGUUGUCCUACAUUCGGUCAUCUGCACGGAAAGUAAAAUCCCGUGCUUAGAACCAAAUUUAAUUGCACUGGGAUUUUACGAUGAGCGCGUCGAUAGAAGCAGUGGCAUGGAUCCUGAUUGCACUUUGGGUCAAUACAUUGAGGAUAUCUGCUAUGGCGCUGAUUCAGUCUGCGGGUUAAAUGGAUGCUACCGCAAAAUGUAUGGGCAUCACCGAUCAUAUGUGCACGGUGAAGGGCGGAUCACUAUAUUUAUUGACCAGGAUACCAAGGGCCGACAGGUACGUGAUGAUGGUAUUACGAUGUGGAGCUAUUGCAAGCACUGCAAGCGAGAAACCCGUGCGACUGAGAUGUCUAGAGGAACCUGGAAGUAUUCAUUUGGAAAAUUCCUUGAACUGUCAUUCUGGAUUAGAGGCACAACGCUUUUCAGAGAGGAGAAUGCUGGAGGGUGGAACUGUCCUCAUGACCUUUUUCGGGAUCACAUACGGUACUUUGGGUUAAACGACAAGGUCGUACGUGUCCACUAUGACCCAAUCGACCUUUUGGAGAUCAUUGUUCCUCGUGCCCGCAUCACUUGGAAUGUUGGGCAUGAUCUUAACAUGAAAAACGAAAUAUUCAUCAAUGCUCAAGACCGUUGGACACGGUUUACAGCAUCUGUCAAAGCUAGACUGAAAGCUAUUAAUACCGACAAUAUUAUUCCGGAAAAGGCCGAACCAUGUAAAGCAGAAAUGGAGCGGCUGUCGAAGAGAAUACAGGAUGACCACACCUCGCUUGUUCGAAAACUUCAGGAUAAAUACAUGGAAUCUAAAUACUAUGAGGUAAUUCCAUUCAACAUAGUUUUACGAGAGAUGCUUGUUAAGGUGGCUGAAUGGGAUGCGACAUUUGCGAAAUUCGAAGCCGAUUUUCUUCCUUCUGACAAAGAUAUUCGAAAGCUGACCAUGAUUCACUUCCGUAAAAUGUUUACGGAUGAAUCAAAAGAGCCUCUUACCAACAAUGAAGCCGUAAACGAGACCACUGAUACCACGGAAGAAACAACACAGACGAGCGCGUCUGAUAAUGACCCUAAGCAGGACACACAGCAAUCAGAAGGUACAAUAGAUACCUCCCAGCUUGACGUAAUCCAAGAAAAAAACCCCUUGGAUGUGCCACCGCAAAAAGAAACUCUGGAAAGGGUUGAGCCACUAGAUCUUGCCACGGUAAAAUUACCUGUGCCUGGAAAUUUCGUCCCAAGUCAACCUGAUAGUAGCGUCGAUAUCCCUGAAACAUCUGCAUCAACUAUCGCUGAUACAGUUUCACCAGUAUCUCCUGAGCUUGUGCCACGGUUGGCCACUGCCACAGUGCCACCUAUGUCACUAACCGAACAUGUUGAACAGCUUCGUCGGCGCCAGCAGUCGUCAGUAUCCGAAAACACGGUUACAGCAAGGAAUGAGCAACCAAGGAAUGCUAUAGAAUCUCAAAAGGCGGCACCAGAGCGUACGUCUUCUCGUAGGAUGGGAUUGAACGUCUCGCCACCUAUGGUACGCGCCAUUUCACACCCCGCAAACAGUAUCCCAACCUUGCCUCGCCUACAUUCUGGAGUAGGCAAGAAGAUGUUUGGUUCCAACAAAGAUAAAGACAAAGAUAAGGGGCAUUUAACAGAAGUUCCGGGUGGAAACGAGUUGCGAAAGACUCCAACCAGCGAAUCGACUAAAAGUGAGAAGAAGCUGUUUAGUAGUCUUCGGCCACACCGCAAAGGCAACCAGUCGUCCAUUCCCCGUUUCGUUGGGAAGAAAGACUCUAGGGUGUCUACCAUUCGUAAACAUUUUGAGCAACUUAGUCGGGAAUUCGAGAAGGAACGCGAGAAAGAUCGCGAAAAAAGGAAACAGAGAAUGUCUCAUUCUAGGCCUUCCCUCCAGCAUUCCACGACUAAAGCUAUAGUUGAGGUUUACGAGGACGUGGAUGAGGCCGUGCAGGAACCUGGUCAUGCCGAAGAUGAGCAUGUCACCAUCCCAGCACAGGACGAUCCUAAAACAAGCAAUAAAUUAGGAAGGGAUGACACGCAGCCAGACGCCGAGGCGGCCAAGGCGUCGGCGGAAAACAUACAACUGCUUCAGGACGGGCGUCAACGUCAAGGCGAAGUUGCUAAUGAAGGCGGAGUGGACGAUCAGGUGCACAACAACAGCUUGGGAGCCACAGACGACGAGCAAGGGGAGAGUGACACGGAGCACUCGUUGAUCGACGGUAAGACGCUUGAAGAGAUCGCCAAGUCAUUUGACUCCAGUGCGGAAAUUCCGAUGGAACUUCCCAAGCAAGACAAGAAUAACUUCAUGAAGGUGCUUACCACGUUUUGGAACGAGCGCUCAGCUAGCCAAUGGCCUCCUUUUGACUACCCCUUAAAUGCGACUGAUCAUAUCUUUAUCGAUUCCGAUAUCAUUGUUCGUGAAGACGAACCAAGCUCACUGAUUGCGUUCGCUCUGAGCUCUGAAGAUUAUAAAGAGAAACUGCGCACAUUUUACCGCAAGAAGGGUAACGAGAGCGGAGCAGUUUCAGCUGGAACAGAUACAGAGGAUGAUGCACACUCUGGAGUAUACUCGGAUAUUGGCGAAGUUAUUACUGAAAGCCAACUCGAAACUAAACUCGUGCAUACUACCAGUUCCCAUUAUAAGUACCAGUUUACUGAAGGAACAGCAAAAAUGCUGGUUAAAAUAUUUUACGCCGAGCAAUUCGACGCCUUGCGACGGAAAUGCGGCGUUGCUGACAGAAUCAUCGAAUCUCUAUCUCGAUGUCUUCCAUGGGAUUCCAAAGGCGGUAAGACGAAGUCGGUUUUCUUGAAAACCUACGACGACCGGUUAGUAAUGAAGGCCUUGUCGCCUGUGGAGACAGCUGCAUUCCUAAAAUUCGCACCAGCGUAUUUCAGUUUGAUGUACGAGGCGCUUUUCCACGAUCUCCCGUCGGUGAUUGCCAAGAUGCUAGGGUUCUUUCAGGUGAUUAUUAAGAACCCGGUAACUAACACGGAGAUCAAACUCGAUUUGCUACUCAUGGAGAACUUAUUCUACGAUCGGGACGCCACAAGAAUCUUUGACCUGAAGGGUUCGAUGAGAAAUCGAAAGAUUCAGUCGACCGGGGAGCGUAAUGAAGUCCUUCUUGACGAAAAUAUGGUGGAAUAUAUCUAUGAGUCGCCUCUUUUCGCGAGGGAACAUUCAAAAAAGCUCUUGCGCGCAUCCGUGUGGAACGAUACACUAUUCUUGGCCCGCCAGAACGUUAUGGAUUAUUCGCUGAUGAUUGCCGUCGACGAGGGGAAAAAGGAGAUAGUGGUAGGCAUGAUUGACUGCAUCCGAACGUAUACAUGGGACAAGAAACUAGAAACUUGGAUCAAGGACCGCGGCUUCGCAGGUGGCAGCCGGAAUAGACCAACCGUGACCAGCCCAAAAGAAUACAAGUCUAGGUUUAGGGAGGCUAUGGCUAGAUACAUCCUCGAAGCGCCGACUUGUUGGCACCAGCCUAGCGUACCGCUUCCAGUAUCGAGACCCUUACGAGCUGAAGCGAAUAUUGCAAAAAGGGAUGAAGCAGCAGCAACAACAACAACAUCAUCAGCAGAUAUAGGCACAACAUAGCUAUUGCAUGUUAGUACCUGAAGCCCACCACAGGAUAAUAUUUGUAUGGAGCGCAUAUAUAAUCUAAUGGACGAAACGAGUUUACGAGGUGUU